AUGGCGGUGAUCAAAGAUAUUAAACUAGCUUGGGUUAGAGAGUGGAAGCAUGUUUGGCUAGAAGUUGACUCUUCUAUUAUACUUUACUUGCUUCAUACUCUUUCUUUAGUGUCUUGGUUCUACCACAACUUAAAUCUUGUGGGAAUACCAAAGUUGAUAGGCGCCACUAAAUCUGGUGGAAAUCAUGUUGAGUUUGUAAGCGUUGAUAGGUGUAAGGAGGAGAACGGAGGCCUUUACAAGGCAUCAAUUCCAUUGAUUCAGGCCACAAGCCCAGAAGCAGAUGUUUUACUUGCUUAUGAGAUGAAUGGAGAGACCCUAAAUAGGGAUCAUGGGUAUCCAUUGCGUGUGGUUGUACCUGGUGUUAUUGGCACCCAUUCUGUUAAAUGGCUUGAUUCUAUUAAUGUCAUUGCAGAGGAAUGUAAGGGCUUCUUUAUGCAAAAAGACUACAAAAUGUUUCCACCUUUAGUAAACUGGGAUAACAUUAAUUGGUCCACCAAGAGGCUACAAAUGGAUUUUCCUGUCCAGUGUGGAAUUUGUUCUUCAGAUGAUGUGAAUGCUGUAAAGCCUGGAAAGCAUGCAUGGUGA